UAUAAACUACUGGAAAAAAAGUAAAUUAAUGUAAACAAUGUAAGUGUCGUAUUACUUUCUAAAUGUAAAGUAGGUGAAAACAAGAAACUAAUACACGAUAUGUUUAUAAUAUAUUGUUAUAAAUGGGAGAGGGGAAACAAUUGAAGUAGAUCUAUUAGAUACCAUAAAAAUUGUAUCGACCUUUUAUGAUAAAAUACAGCUAGAUAGAAGUACGUCUUUUCAAACUCGAAUAUUUUAACAUAAAAGAUGACGGAAAUAGAGAAGAAUGCGCGUACCAUUAACGCAAGAUUUAUGGCUUAUAUGGAGAAACAUCGCUUAUACGAACUGUUUUACGAAAUAGCAACUCAAUUAAUGAUUCAAAAACCUGAAGAUCAUCUUGUAUUUAUGAAGCAAUAUCUUCAACUUGCUGCUAAAAGACUCAAUGUUCCUAACAUUAUCCUUAUCACUUCUUCGUUUCGCUAUUUUAAAACUUAUUUGCUUGAAUUGAAAAGAAAAAAGAAAAAAUAUUUCAUACGGACAGAUAGAAUGGCCUUAGCUAAUGUUCUUCACGAAGAAUUGGGUGUACAUCCUUUAACCUUGAAAGAUCUUCGUAAAGCUUGCCCUCAGCAUGAUGACGAUUGUCGGUGCGAGGAAUCGGAAGAUCUUGCAUAUGCAAUGAAACAAAUUUUACAACGCGGAACUUUUCAUGAAAGUGGAUGGCUAUUAGUCGACUUACCAAGAACGAAAAAAGAAGCACAAAUAUUCCAGCGUACCGGAAUAAUACCAACGCAUGUGAUACAACUUAUAGUUUCAGAUGACAAUGGUACAACUACGAAGAAUGGUAUAUCUCUAAAUUCGAUAAAUUUACAUAAUUUUCCUAUUUUAGAAAACUGGCGAAAUAUUUGCACAGAUGCAUUCGCUUGCUGUGAAACAUGUAAUCCUACAGACACAGAGAAAAAUAUAAAAAAUCGUCGUUACUUGAAAAAUUGUCGGGGCUUAUUGGAAACGUACAAGCAUUGUUUAAUAGUUAAAACGUUAUCAUCUAUUUUAGUCGAUUACGAUUAUAUCGCAGAACAGGCACGCUUACAACAAAAUUCUUUGGGAGAAAUGCUUCGAUUAUUCGAGUACAAAUGGGGAGAAAGACCCAAGCCUGAAAUUAGGAUUCAAAUCGUCGAAAAACACAUAUCCGGAUACGAGUGUUUAAAAAGGGGCUGGGUUUUAACUGGAUACCCAAAAACUGUAGAAGAUUUUAAACUGUUAGAUUUGAAUCCUACGCCUCCAAAUAGAGUAAUAUUUGUGGAAGCGAGUGGUGAUAUUUGCAGAGAAAGACUGCUUAAUCGUAGAUACAAUAUCGUCACUGGAAGCAAGCACAUUUUGUCGACAGCAAAUUAUGCCGUUAACGAUGAUUGCAAAUUAGGUGUACAUCCCAGAGACUUCAGACUAAUCGUAGAACGAGAUCUUCAAGAGUACGAAGAGAAUGCGAUCGACAUGAUGGAGUAUGCAGGUGAAUCCGCGAUAAAAAUCGAUGGAAACGAGGAAGAAAGGAUCGUCCGAGAAAAGGUAGAAGCGAGUAUAAUGCGUCCAAUUCCACCCUGGUAUUCGAGGGUGCCGAGACCUUCACCUGUGAUCGACCCCAUGAGCAACGAAUUUGACCCGGAUGACGAGCCCGACUCCAGCGUGUUUGAUAAUAUACGUGGCCCCGAGCCGACAUAUACUUUUAUCUAACUUAUAGCUGUCGACCCUACUCUACCUUCCGUAAGGGUAGAAAACGGGAUACUUCUAGUGCAUCCUGUUAUCCUAGUACGCGGAGCAUCUUAUUUCCACAACAUCACACCAUUUCCACGAUGCCAUGUAUGGAUUUUUUAAUACGUAUAACUACUUUUGUUACUUUUCUUGUUUAAAUUACGGUGCAAAGAAUUAUCGAUAUAAGUAAAUUUCGAUAGAAAAUUUGAGAAAUACAGCUACUUACUCGUAUUUCCUUACAAUAAUCUUUAUGCUAAUAAACUUUGGCGACGUCCUUCGAUAUUAUUAUUUGCUCUGCGAGUAGUAGGAUCAACGAUCACGCAGACUGUAGACGAUACGUCAAGCUGUUUGCUUGGGAAUCGCACCACGGAUAGUAUAUCGACGUGGAAGUGAACAGUGUUUCGUCAAGAAAAGAAUACAGUAUAUAGUUGAAUUAAGGAUAUCACGCGCCUACAUUAACAAGGAUAAUUGCCUCAAACGCGAAGCAUAUUUCCGGAUCAAGGGUGUAUAGAGUGGCAUAGGUCGCAACAUGAUCGCAGAAUGUACGCAGGACUUGUUACGAACGAUGAAAUCCUGCUUACUUUGCUCAGCAGUUACUAAGACCUUUGCCGUUUUCAGGAGAAAUUUGCCAAAUUGCGUACUUGACGCCUUUAUCUUCAUAUCGGCAGAACGCGAUGUACGUGUUCUACUUAUUAUCGAGAUAUUCGCGAUAGCUAAUUGCGAACCUAAGCAUUGGUCGUUCAUCGCGUUAUUGGAAGUACGAUCCAACGAAACAUUCUUGCUAUUUUAUUCAAAGGAUAAAUAUAUUUGUACUGUAUGAUUUACUUUUGCAUAAAAGUAGAAUUCACCGUUACAACGACUUCUUUGAUUUAAACUUGGUUAAAUUAAAAAUUCGACGGUUCAGUUAUCGAUCGGAACUGAUUUCAGUAGAACUACGUACAACCCGGAAGUAAAGAGGAAACUUGGGUCGAGGAAAGUAGAGUCGGCUGGAGGUAAAAUGCAAGGAAAUGCCGCGUAAAUGUUGGAAGCGAUAUUCCAGUGUAAAAUAUGUUUUUUAAGUAUUGAAAUAAUCGUAAACCGAGAGGGGAAGAACGUCUUUGUGACUUUGAAAUUUUAGAAAGUAACCGAUCAAUGUUUAUUCUCCGUUUUAUCGAUGAUACGAAAUGAUCCUAGGCUUAUUUUCUGCAAGUUCUUGAAGUAGUUGAUCUAGUUUAAUUAACAUAAAUAUUAUAUUUUAUCAAGUAUUAAUCCUAUCUACUUAUACUGGAUAGGAUGUCUAUAAGCUUUAGGUCUACUGG